CCCGUUCACCCGCGGCGGCCAAAUAACGUCUGAAUUACAUCCUUGUAAAUAUUGACUGUGGCCAUCUUCUUCGUUUCUGCGCACAGUAACCGGCCGGGCGGGCCGGGGCCGGGCUGGCUGCGCCGCAAGGCGGCGGGGGAUGCGGGAGGCGUGGAGCGGCGGGGCCGGGGGGGCGAGGCACAUCCCUGCGAGCGGCGGCACCCACCGGGAUCGCAGCGACCGAGCAUCGCCUCUCCGCGGGAGCGCGCCGAGGAUGCUAAAAGGAGCGGGCUAUCUCUCGGCUUGGACCGCGGUCUGAUUUAUCAACCUUGUAAGCGCAGAGCGAGCCCCCGCACCCCGGAGCCGGCGGCCAGCCCCCCACCAUGAACACCAUCGUCUUCAGCAAGCUCGGCGGCCAGGUGCUUUUCGAGGAGGACGCCAAGGAGCGGGAGCGGAGCGGACGGCCCUACGUGGGGGUGGUGGAGGGACCGCACCACGCCGAGGUGCUGCUCCCCGACAGCCCGUCCAUCAAGGAGAGCCUCAGUCUGCGCAACCGGCGGACAGGGGCGCGGCAGAGCGGCGGGAAGGUGCGGCACAAGCGGCAGGCGCUGCAGGACAUGGCGCGGCCGCUCAAGCAGUGGCUCUACAAGCACCGCGACAACCCUUACCCCACCAAGACUGAGAAGAUCCUGCUGGCCCUCGGCUCCCAGAUGACCCUGGUGCAGGUGUCAAACUGGUUUGCCAAUGCAAGACGCCGCCUGAAGAAUACUGUCAGGCAACCAGAUCUUAGCUGGGCUUUACGAAUAAAACUGUACAACAAAUACGUUCAGGGAAAUGCUGAACGACUCAGUGUGAGCAGCGAUGACUCAUGCUCUGAAGAUGGAGAAAAUCCUCCAAGAAACCAUAUGAAUGAAGGGGGAUAUAACAAACCAGUUCAUCAUACUGUAAUCAAAACUGAAAGUUCAGUAAUAAAACCAGGAGUGAGACCAGAAACAAGUGCCAAUGAGGAUUAUGUGUCACCCCCCAAAUACAAAAGCAGCUUAUUGAAUCGUUACCUAAAUGACUCAUUGAGACAUGUCAUGGCUACUAAUGCAGCUAUGAUGGAAAAAACAAGGCAAAGGAAUCACUCUGGUUCAUUUAGUUCCAAUGAAUUUGAGGAGGAAUUGGUGUCUCCUUCAUCAUCAGAGACAGAAGGCAACUUUGUCUACCGAACAGGUGUCGUGGCCACUGGGAGAAACCCCUUCCCUGACCAGAGAAGCAGCAAUACCCAGCCCAAUAAACUCUGGAGAAUGGACCAAAUAAGUGUGAAAGCGCAGCUAACAAAACAGGAUCCAGCAAAGAUGAAACAUACUGGAAAGAGAUCAACGCAGCUAUGGCCCUAACGAACCUUGCCCAGGGGAAGGAUAAACUACAGGGAACUACCAGCUGCAUCAUUCAGAAAUCAUCACAUAUAUCAGAAGUAAAGACUGUUAAAGUGCCAUUAGUUCAGCAGUUUUAAGAGAUGGGUUCUUGUGUUCUUUUUCUUUUCCCUGUCAGACGGACAUUUUCCUUGCAGGAUUGGUUUUCAGCAAAAUUGGUUUCACAGAUAUGAGGCAAAUGUGGAAAAUAGGCACCCUUUUACAGUAUGGUCAGUUUUAAAAAAUAAUGUUCCUCUGACUCAGUCAUUUUCAUUGUAUUAAAUGAAAUGUUCAAUUGCUUCUAUAAAAGGCAUGUAAAUUAUAAAUCCCCCUGUUUUUAUCAAAACAUUAACUUAUUUUAUGUUAAUCAAAGUGCGCAUAAGAUGUUUGCAUUGCUAUUACAGUAAGUGCCUUGCUUUCAAAAAAUAAGCUAUAACGUGGGCAUAGUACAACAGUAUUAUGCCUCAAAAUGUCAAUGCCAUAAUGCUUAAACUUUGUGUAUUAUUCCAAGUGGGCUUAGGCAGCCUAGGGCUAAACACAUUACUGCUGGAGGCCCUGGAGAGUUGUGCUUAUUUGACUUGUACAAAUUGACAAGUCUUAAUGAAAUUGUUAUAUCAUUUUCUCUCUCUCUUUUUUUUUAAUCAACAGUGUUAUAAAAAUUGUACAGUAUGUUUUUGUCAAAGUGACAAUGAGGUUGUUAUGCAUGUUUCUUACCUGUAUAUGCAGUAUAUUAAAAUACCAAAAUCAUUCCUUUGAAAAGUGCAAUACUCUAGAAUACACAAAUUUAGGAAAUAAGUUAAUUGUUCAGAUUAUUUUGAACUUAUACAUAUGCUCCCAGCUGUGUUGCUCAUUAAAAUUUUCUAGUUGAGAAAGUUCUAGGCAGAGUAGCUGUAAAUUCAAGUUGAAUUUCUGUAAUUUUAAAGCUUUGCUAGGGACUUACUGAAGUUUUGAUAGAAGUAAAACUCAUUUCUUCUUGUACAAAAUUAAAUCUAUAGUUCCAUGUAUUAUUUGCAAUGGGGCUCAAAAAAGUUUCCAUGGUGGAACUUACUGCUUUAAUGUGGUUUAAACAUUUCUAUUUUGUAGGCACUGCAUAUAGGAGGACAGUUUGACAGUUCGCAUUUCAGUGAGAAAAAGCUAUAAUAUAUACUAUCAAAUCCCGAACUAAAAACACAAAUGGGAAAUGAAACAUUGAAAAUCUCAGCAUUUAAGGUGGGAGGGUUUUAAGUAGAUACUAAACCAUCUAUUAAAUGUUACGUCUCUAAACUUGACUGCUAUUGAGUGUAAUAACUAACCAGGUUUACUUUUAAGUUUUAUUGGGAGGUGUACAAGUUAUUCUUAGGUCAUAUAACAAUAGUCUGAUGAGGUUUACAGUGCUUGAAUAAACAGUGGCAAAGCCAAAACCAAUUUAAACUGAAUCAGUUACAGAAAACUGGAAAAGAGCUGAUUGUUGCUAGGAUUUGGAUUUUUUUCCUGUGGGUAUCCUGUCAGGUUUUUUCCUACUCAUCCCUUUCCUUGUUUAUUAUUUUUGGUGAGCCAUCCAAUAUGAGACUUUAGUCUUGCUCCCACUGAAUUUAAUGGCAGAACUCUCACUUCAAUGGAAGCAGGACUGUGCUGACGAUGAAACUAGCGUGCAAGUAGAGGCUGUUCCAGUUGCACUAAAAUAGUCAAGAUACAUUGCAAAUAUCAGCCUUGAUGUGACUUCUUAGGAAACUUCCUGAUGUAACAUAACAUGUUGUUGGGUUUAUUUAGUGUACAAUGAAAAUUAUUUGAUAUGAAAAUAUUUUGUACAUAUAUAUUUUUACUUUGUUUUCUAAAUUGCUGAUUUGCAUUGACUUAAAGUGCCAAGCAAGAACUGUAUGUCAUGACUGUAUGAACAGUUGAAGUAUGUGUUUUACUGACUUACAUCAUUUUAUGUCUAAGAUUCCAUGACAUUAAUUUUUGAUACUUUACUGAAUUUUGACAUAAUAAUGUGAGUUUGUAACUAAUAGGAGACAGUUAGUACUUCACUUUUGUUCAUACUAUUAUAAGUUAUUCUGGUAUUAAAUAUUUUGUGACAACAAAUUGAUGGUUUUGACUAGCUUUUCUUUUAGAAGUAUUCACAGUGGUUUUGUCUGUAUAAACUACAACAAAAUUAGUCACAUAAAAAAGGUACUUUUCAGAACUUCUCUGGAGUAAAACUGGAGAAGACAAGCCAUUGUAUAAACAACAUGUUCAUGGUUCUUUUUUUAAAUGAUUAAAGCACAAAAAAUAAUCUGCAGAACACAUCAAGUGGGUUUUAAUUUUAAGAAAUACUUGGCAUAAUUUCUUGUUAUCAUUUCCUUUAAUUUAUUUUUUUUUCUACUGCUGCUUUAGAGUUUUCUGAAAACACAAAUUCUAAUGAACUACGUGUCUGUCUUUUUUGAAUAAUAAAAAACACGAUCAGUGCUGAGCCAACAGCUAAUGAAGACUCCAUAAUUAUUUAUGAUAUUGGAAAAACAAACAUUAUUACUAUUGCUCUUCUUUGUUUCAACAUAUGUAACCAUUUUAGUAAAAUAAAUAAC